UCUAAACAAUAAUAAAAGUAUUAUCAUUAUGUUAUACUACUAAAAAGGUACUUUUAAUUCAUUGAUUAAUCUAUGUUUCAGAGCAACGAUUGCCAUUGAAAGUACGGCCCCCAAGGCCCAAAAACAAAAGAAGCAGUCGUUUCAGGACCCCGUGUUAUGAACCAGAAACUGAAAAAAAAAUCAAAAAAAUCAAGUCGCUUAACCAAGGCAACACAUUGGAAGAAAUAAAUAUUUCACUGAUGAAUAUGCCGGAGGACUAUUCUCUUGGACAUUGUGUGGCUAAAGAUAUGCGUAUGAGCGCUGGUAUCGCCAUGUAUUUCAAGAGCAUCUAUAAAAGAGUUGGCGAACUGAUGGACCAAAGACAAAAUGUUGGCAGCGUAGCAUAUUUACAAGAAAACAAUAGAUUUAUUUACUAUUUAAUUACAAAAGAACUUAGUAAACAAAAACCAACAUAUAGUAAUUUAACUGCGGCCAUAACAAAAUUACGUGAUCUAAUUGUUGAACAUGGAGUUAAAAAAUUAGCUAUACCGCGUAUUGGUUGUGGUCUAGACAAAUUAGACUGGUUAACAGUUAGAGGUAUUAUCGAAGAUUUGUUUCAAAAUGUUGGAUGUUCGAUCAAAGUUUGUCAUUUUACAAAUAAUAUGUCAUUAGAGUCCCAAAUGCUCAAAAUUCAACAUCCAACUGUUGUAAGACGUUAUGAAAAUAUUAAAAACAUAGGGAAGCGAGAGUUUGAAAAACUGAAUAUUAUAUUAUUUUCUCGGAAAACUACUUCACCAGUGUAUUGGGAUCAACAUUUUCACUCAGUCAAUGAAAAAUACUGCUUUAAGUCACAAUACUAUAAAGACUAUCAGGGAGAUCUUGAAAUUGGUCAGUGUUUAUAUUACAGUAAAAAAAUAGCUAACAUAUUUGUUAUCAUCACAAACACAAAUACAACGGACAAUUUUUCAUACCAAAACCUGGAAAAAGGACUUGUAAAAAUAAAAAUGUUGAUCAAGAAUGAUAAGUGGCAGCCAACAUUCAUUAUACACAGAAUGAAUAAUCAUAUAUUUGAAGAUCUCAUUAAUGAAAAAAUUUUAUCCCUAAUAUGUUCAGCUUUUUUAGACUUGACUCCAUGUUUAAUUCUUCAAUUAGUAAGCAAUAAAUCUUAAACAAACUGAA